AGGUUGAACGAUGGGGCAACAGCAGAGGUGAAAGGGUGAUAUGCAUUGGACAUGUGGCGUCUUCUGGAGGCGCAGGGCGAGUUCAGGCUGAAAGAUUUUUUGUACGACAGUUUUGAUUGUGGACAGGCAUGGGUGAUUGGCGGGAACGACGCAACAGGGAGUAUGGCGUGCCACGAGAGCGACGUGAGAAGGGAUCCUAGGUGGGGUUGGGUGCCAUGUGUGAUUCCGAUUCCAUGUGGCCGUGUGAGGAUGAUGAUGCGUGAUGCCAUGGGAAAUGUCUGGAGCACGCAUUAUGUGAAUGGCAACUUCUCCUUCAGGCACCUCGACAGGGAGGCCUCAGAAGACGAGAAGAAGGCAAUGGCAUGUAAUACCCAUAUUGCUGGCUGCUUUUUCCCGCCGCUUCGGAACCCUGUGGAGCCGGAAGUGGUUGAAGGGAAAGUUUUCACUGGCGAGGAUGGCAGCACAUACACGCAUGCAAGAGGGCAGGAAGCCACGUAUGAUGGAGUAUGCUCGCAGAUAUGGGACAAUGUCACAAUGAGGAGUGACGUUCUGUCUGCCAUGGACGUUGGGGCCCGUGUCAUCCCUGAAGGACAGUUGCAGCAGCAUAUGGCCCCUGAAAAGUAUGGCUAUUGUGUCAAUUGGGUCCCAGGAUGUUUGCAUCCUGCAGUGGUUGAUGGCAAGGUGACGAUGGCAGCAAGACUGCAAUCAGGGCAUUGGCUCCAAUUGGGAUGGAUGCAUGCAGGCAUUGUGGAGCAUUGGCGAUGGACUCCAGCGAAACAUUCGGUAUUUGUCGGAGGAUGGCUUGCCAGGUUCAGCGCAGGCAGGCAAGAGGACAAAGAAGCGUUCAGAAAUUUCCCGUUGUCUGCUGAGGUGGAGGGCCCAUGUGGUCCUGGCCGCGUCGGGGGGUGCUCUGCAGCACAGGGUGACAUGGGCGGGCCGAGCGAUGUCGCGAUGUCGCAGAGCCCGGGGAAGAAGAAGAAGUGCACGCCGGGACCGCCACGUGGGCAGACGUCCGCAGGCAGAAAGAAGGUGAACCCGAAGGCGAUGCCAGGGACCGGAGACACCGCAGGUGCACGAACUCAGGUCCCCAGACGCCGUCGACGCCCCGAGAUGACAACUUUGUCGAAAAUCAGAAAGUUGCAACGAUCCACCGACCUUUGCUUGGCUUUCAGGCUGUUCUUGUGUCUCGUGUCGGAGGUUGUGGAGCGGGACAUUGCUCCGGGUAUGGGCGUGAGGUUUCAGAUGACGGCGGUGCGUGCUUUGAUGGAGGCUGCCGAUGCGUACUUGGUCGCCAAUUUCGAGAACACCAACGAGGUGGCCAUCCAUUCAAAGAGGGUGACGAUCCAGGUCAGGGACAUGAGACUGGUGGAUAGGUUGUCGAAGCCUCGCUGGGUUGAGAAAUAUCAAGGACAGGGUGCCGAGGUACUUCAUAGUCGCUGUGGAUAUGAGAUCCACAAUCAUGGCAAACGGCGAGGGUUGUGUCAAAGCACGAACACUCUUGCAACGCUUCAGAGAGUCACCACAUGUACGUGUGGACAGCGAUGUGGAAGACAAUGCACACAGUCUAAAAGGAGUGGUUCAGUGGAUCUGCAGCGAAGGGAUGUGCGAGGAAGGAGACGUGGACAUGACAAUGCAGCAGGCAGGGGGAUAUAUACACCUGCAAACUUGGGCAAGUUGCUGGGCACUGUCGCACGAAAUGGGGGAAUGCUGGUUGAUGGGUCGAAGGACGAGUUGAAGAGUGGUGCUGCAGAAAUAUUGGUGUUGUCCAGAAUGAAGGACAUUACACAAACACCACCAGAAGACUUUCAAGAUGUUCCUGUCAUUGUCACAGAUGGUGUGGAAUAUAUUCUGCUGGAUCAACUUGUGGACUUCAUGAAAAAGAGUGACGACGACAGGAACGUCAUCCAUGAGGCGUUGCACAAAGUGACAAAGUUUGCACUGCAGGGUCAAGAUCUGAUAGAAUUUAUGCCAACAAUAAUAGAAGACAACAUCAUAUCUGGCAGACCGUUGUGGGGGGAGUUGUUAUCAGCUGCUUUGGAGCAGCUCGGUCUUCCAAGCUGCGAUGUUGAGAGACAAAGAGAAAAAGAAGAAGGGUGGAAGGUGAUGGCCACGGAAACAAAUUUAGCAAUCAUUCCAGACAACGGACAGACAUCAGCAGCACAAGAAUCAAUAACCAGUAUGGCAGUCGAUGUGUCUCCCAUGCAGACAGCAACGAGAGAGCAACUAGUCUGUUGCGAUAUCUUCAAUGCUUUCACAAUGGAGAAAAAACAGUGUGAUCGUGGAUUUGAAGAGGCCGAUUUGGCAAGUUGUUGUGCAGAGUACACAGACAGUGCAGAAGAAGAAGAUGAAGAAGAGGAUGAGGGGGCAUCAUUUUCUGACGUGGACGUGAGCGGCAGCGAUGUCAGCAGCGACGACGAAGACGAGGAACAUGAUGUAUACUAUGAUUUGAAGGCUGCGGGUGGACAAGUGACAAAAGGGUGGGCACAUGCAAUUCUGAGGUUGGCACGUGCUUUCCCCGAUCCGCACAAAGUGUUGCGUGUUGUGAUGAAGGGGGCAACACGAGAUGGUGCACUACAGUAUACCGCAAUGACCAGCAUAAUGAAAUCAUGCAACAAGGGGAAAAAGUGGUCACGUGUUGGCAAGGGAUGGUUUGUUCUGGUCAAUAGAGAGGUUGUGCUAGCAACGUCACUGACAUGGGGAGUCAACCUGAGUUGCCUCAUACACGGCGCAAUAGCGACAGCUUGGGGAGAGACAUUGCACCCCGACUUGUCAACAGGAGACGCAAUAAAAAAGGACAGCGGUCCACGAGUGUGCGAGUGUGGCAGACCUUUCAUGUCAUUACGAACUUUGAACUCACAUCGUGCGAGGGCAUACCCGGCCGUGGCGGACGAAAGAACACAUGGCCAGGAGAUGGGUGUGGUCGAUGACGCAGGAGCAUUAAGUAUAGGUGCAGUGAAUCUCGUGAGCGAUGAGAGUGAGGACGUCGGGGCCCCCGAGAAUGUAGACGGGAAGAGCGGGACAUUCGAAGAGCAGCAACCGCAGCCUGUUGAAUCUUUUGACAGCUCUCGCAAGUUGGCGGCACUGAUUUUCUUCGCCAGGGGCGCCAGGGGCAACGUCAGUAUGUCGCAGAGUGACAUAGAUGCUCUCUUGUCACUUCUCACGGACCCGAGAUUCUGCACGAGAGACAUCGCGUAUCGUAAUAGUCGAGAGUGUUUGACAUGGGCAGGGAGUCUAGCAGACGCUGCUGGAUGGAAAAAGUUGGAUCUACGUUGUGACGAUUGGCCACGAGAUGCGCACGCCAUCUUGUGGCACCGCGACUAGCGAACGACAUUUCUGUCGAUUUUUCAUAUCGCACUACAGAAAUGCGAGACGG